GACAACUGGAAUGCCUCCGGAAGAGAAGACAGGACCCACCACUUGCAACAAUGUUUUGCCGCACGACACCUCAAAAGCACGAGCACAACACAAACAAAAGCACAAAAGUCUGAUUUUUACAAGACACGAAAGUGCUUUCAGGUUUCCCUCACUCAUGUCCUUUGGUUUUUCAGAUGAGAUAGGGUAUCCAUUUCUCUUCAGAUUUCUCAUUCAAGGGGUGUUAAGGUUCUUUGACUUCUUGCUUUUGCAUUGCCUGAGUCUGAUGCAAAAGUUUCUGUUUUGAUCUUCUGUAUUGAUCCUUAAAGCAUAUUUGGGGUUUAAGCCCCUUUCCUGUCGGCUUUUGAAAAUCCUCAAAGAUUCCAAUUCCUAUCGUAGGAUACUUCUGAUUUUGGCCACCUUUGUUGAUCAACGAAUCAAGCAACAAUGUCUGAAUCAAAUCAAACUAAACCCUUGAUCCAGCCAUCAUCUUUGAGAAAACUCCCUGAUUUCAAGCAAUCAGUGAAGUUGAAAUAUGUGAAACUUGGCUAUCAUUACCUUAUUACUCAUGGGAUGUUCCUGUUUUUAUCACCUAUUGCCGUCGUUAUUGCGGCACAGCUAUCUACAUUCUCGAUCCAAGAUCUACAUGAUCUUUGGUACCAUCUUAAAUUCAAUCUCAUAUCCGUGAUCCUCUGUUCGACCCUCCUCGUGUUUUUGUUGACCCUUUAUUUCCUUACCCGACCUCGCCCUGUUUACCUAGUGAAUUUUUCAUGCUAUAAGCCUGAUGAUUCUAGGGAAUGUACUAGGAAGAUUUUUAUGGAUAGAUCGAAGUUAACAGGUGUUUUCACUGAGGAGAGCAUGGAGUUCCAAAGGAAAAUUCUUGAGAGGUCUGGUCUUGGGGAGUCGACUUAUCUCCCCGAGGCUGUCUUGAGAGUCCCUCCAAAUCCGUGCAUGGCUGAAGCAAGGAAGGAAGCUGAGGCUGUAAUGUUUGGUGCAAUCGAUGAGCUGCUUAAGAAGACAUCUGUGAAACCGAAAGAUAUUGGAAUUCUGAUUGUGAAUUGCAGCUUGUUUAACCCAACACCAUCCUUGUCCGCCAUGGUGAUCAACCAUUAUAAGCUAAGGGGGAAUAUUCUUAGUUAUAAUCUUGGUGGUAUGGGUUGUAGUGCUGGUUUGAUAUCGAUUGAUCUUGCCAAACAUCUCCUUCAAGCGCAUCCUAACUCUUAUGCUUUGGUUAUUAGCAUGGAGAACAUCACCUUGAAUUGGUAUUUUGGGAAUGAUAGGUCAAUGCUUCUCUCAAAUUGCUUGUUUAGAAUGGGAGGGGCAGCUGUUUUGCUUUCAAAUAAAAGAUCUGACUGGUGGCGUUCUAAGUACCAAUUGGUUCAUACUGUUAGAACAAAUAAGGGCGCUGAUGAUAAGUGUUUCUCCUGUGUUACUCAACAAGAGGAUUCUACUGGAAAGGUUGGGGUUUCUUUAUCGAAGGACUUGAUGGCAGUUGCAGGGAAUACUUUAAAGACUAAUAUCACUACCCUUGGCCCUCUUGUUUUGCCCAUGUCUGAACAGCUGCUCUUUUUUGCCACAUUGGUGGGGAAAAAACUCUUUAAGAUGAAGUUAAAGCCAUACAUCCCGGAUUUUAAAUUGGCGUUUGAGCAUUUCUGCAUUCAUGCUGGGGGGAGAGCGGUGCUGGAUGAAUUGGAAAAAAACCUACAGCUUUCAGAUUGGCAUAUGGAACCUUCCAGGAUGACACUCUAUCGAUUUGGCAACACUUCAAGCAGCUCUCUUUGGUAUGAAUUGGCUUAUUCAGAAGCCAAAGGGAGGAUAAAGAAGGGAGACAGAACAUGGCAGAUCGCUUUUGGGUCUGGGUUCAAGUGUAACAGUGCUGUCUGGAAGGCUCUGAGGACCAUAAACCCAGCCAAGGAGAAAAACCCAUGGAUGGAUGAGAUCCACCAGUUCCCAGUUGAUGUUCCAAAGUUUUCAGCCAUACAGUAGAUGCAACAGUUCCAUUGGUUGGCAGGGGUAUGUUUCCGUGAUGGUAACAGCAAUCAUCGAGUUAUGAAGCCUUUCUCAUGUAUUUUUGCUUUUGCAGCAGAUUUAUUAGAGAGUGAUUAGAGAGUUAUGAACUCUGACUUACUAGUAUAAGUUGUUUGGUCGUGACUUGAAACUAGGCUAUCCUCCGUUGAGCAGAAAGCAAUUCAUUCAUCCUAUUUGUUGCAGUUGAUGCUUUUCCUUUCUGACAUUGCUCGUGUUGUUCUAGCUCCCGUUUUUAGAAAUCUACUAUGGCAUUAUAUUCA